AUGGAAGAGCCUCCUAAAGGGGACCUUAUCUCGGAGAAGGACGGGGGAGCCACUUUCGUUCUCCAAUCAAAAGGAGAAUGGUGGCACGCGGGUUUCCAUUUAACGACGGCGAUCGUGGGUCCCACCAUUCUAACGCUGCCUUACGCGUUCAGAGGAAUGGGGUGGGAGCUGGGUCUCUUUUGCCUCACGGUGAUGGGAGUGGUCACCUUCUACGCAUACUACCUCAUGUCCAGAGUGCUUCAUCACUGCGAAAAAGCCCAUCGCCGCCACAUCCGUUUCCGGGAACUCGCUGCUGACGUUUUGGGGUCGGGAUGGAUGUUCUAUUUUGUAAUCUUCAUUCAAACGGCAAUCAACUGUGGGGUUGGCGUAGGAGCAAUCUUACUUGCAGGCCAAUGCCUUGAGAUCCUGUACUCCAGUAUUUCACCACAUGGAUCCCUGAAAUUGUAUCACUUUAUAGCAAUGGUGACGGUGAUUAUGAUAGUUCUAUCUCAACUUCCCACUUUCCAUUCGCUGAGACACAUCAACUUAUGUUCGCUGGUUCUUAGCCUGGGCUACACCGCUCUUGUAGUUGGUGCCUGCAUUCAUGCGGGUAUGUCGAAGAAUGCCCCUCUAAGGGACUAUUCCUUAGAACCCAGGAAGUCUGCAAGGGCUUUCAGCGCCUUCACUUCCAUCUCCAUACUCGCAGCAAUAUUUGGGAAUGGCAUAUUACCUGAGAUACAAGCAACUUUAGUGCCUCCCGCAGCUGGGAAGAUGGUAAAAGGCCUUGUUAUGUGCUAUGGUGUAAUUGGUGUGACUUUCUACUCAGCUGCAGUUUCUGGAUAUUGGACGUUUGGAAAUAAGUCUAAUUCAAAUAUUUUCAAGAGUCUGAUGCCAGAUGAUGGACCUUCUUUGGCUCCAACUUGGCUCCUUGGCCUUGCAGUCAUCCUUGUUCUUCUCCAGCUCUUUGCCAUCGGACUGGUCUAUUCUCAAGUGGCUUAUGACAUAAUGGAGAAGAAGUCAGCUGAUGUGAAUAAGGAGAUGUUUUCCAAAAGAAAUCUUGUUCCUCGUAUAAUUCUUCGGACAAUUUACAUGAUUAUAUGUGGCUUUGUGGCAGCUAUGUUGCCAUUUUUUGGAGACAUCAAUGCUGUGGUGGGAGCUAUUGGUUUCAUCCCUCUGGAUUUCGUUCUGCCUAUGCUUCUAUACAACAUCACUUACAAGCCUCCUAAAUCAUCCUCCACUUACUGGGUUAACAUCUCAAUUAUGGCAGUCUUCACGGGUGUUGGAAUAAUGGGAGCAUUCUCUUCUAUAAGGAAAUUGGUUCUUGAUGCCAAUCAAUUUAAGCUCUUUGACAAUGAUGUUGUUGAUUGA